AUGCACUGUCGACAGUGUCGUAAAUGUCUAAAUAGAAGUGAAGGUAUAAAAUGUGACGAAUGUGAGUCAGUGUAUCACAUUCAAUGUACUGGUAACAAAAUGAAAGAUUUAAAAUUGGAAAGUGGUGAUAAAGGUUAUCGUUGGAUAUGUGCAAGAUGUAAAACUCCUGCAAGCAAGACAUCUGUUGAACUUUCCGAUCCACAAGCUUUACUUAAUUCCAUCAAUGCAAUAACUGAUAAAUUUGAAUUAAUUAACAAAAUACAAUUACCGAAAUUGAAUAAUGAUUUGUUACAUUUAAAAUGUGUAACUGAACGUAUUUCAAAACAAAAUGAUGAAAUACUUGCAAAAAUAAAAAUGUUAAAUAUUAGAAGAAGUAAAGAUCCUGUGCGCAGUAGCCCAGGAAGUCAUGUAAGGCGGAGAAAUUUAAACAUCUCGCCACGAUCAAAUUUUAUGGAGGAAAAAACUCCAAUUUUGGGUGCUGAAAAAAGCGCAACCUACAGAACUCGAAGACGAUCUUACUCUUUGUUGAAAAUGUUCCUCCAAUUUAACAGAAAAUUAAAUCAUAGAAGAAUUCAUAGAAGCAAC